AGCACUCAUGAACGGACGGGCGGAAGCCUUUUGACGACACUACUGCACAUUGUUACUGACUUACUACUUAUCAGGUUCUCUCUGUAGGUGUCCAUUUUUCAGUGUCAUUUUCUGGCAGCGAUGUUGAAAAUUCUAAUACAGACCCGUGACACUGGGGGUAGUGAUAAUGACUGGGGUACUAUGCAGAUAACAGCUCCCAUCAUUGUUGGCGUUUCACUCAUUGUGAUCUUUGGUGCAUGCAUCAUAUGGUAUAGAUGGUCGUCCCACAUCAAACGCCACUAUCACCGGGUUCGAGAUGCAUGCGUCUCGAAAAUUCCCUCAAUCUUCAUGCCUCGACACCGUCAUCGACUGCAACAUGCUAGUUUUCCUAUCACACUGGAUGACUCCAUGGGUACACCACGUCGUGACCAAAGAAGAUAUCACUCAUAUAUUCGGUCGGACUCGACUGACUCACAAACACCACUAACAGACUCCGAAGGAUUCUCUUAUCCACCUCUCAAAUAUCUUGUUGAUCCUUCUGGUGGGUCAGUGCUUGAGCAGCAGCCUGGGAGGCAGCUAUGGCGGUGGUGGCGUCUUUUUGGUGUAGGUCCUCGAGAGGUAAAGCCAAAAGUACCAAGUGAUUGCUGGAUGGUGGAUGAAAGUAGUGUGGGACACGGUGAUCCAUCGUUAAGCAGCCCAGGCGUUGCAGCGAGACAAAGAUGGACAAGCAGUCUUGCACCAGUGCAUGAACAGACGAGUGAUGACGAGGGCGACCCGGGUCGAGGAUUUUAUAGCGGGGUCAUGCAAAUCGGAGAACGUUUCUCUACAUACUCGACACCAUUGCCUCCAGCAUUCCACGAUGAUGUUGCAGCGCUUGGGUCAAUUCCUGAUUCCGCCAGAACAGCUGCACCGGAAUACAGUAGUGCAGUCGGACUUGGUGAUUCUCGAACCAUGACAACCGCGCCAACAACUGUUAUUCCACAAAGUUCCUACUAUACCACGGGAGCUACCCACUCAAACUCACCCGCCCCUCCAAUGUAUAGCUCGAUCUCACAUAGCAGAAAUACGUCCACGGAGAGUAUGAUCAAUCCUGCCCUGACCAACCCAAUGACGCUCUAUCCUGUGUCGGUGCGCGCCGCAGGGCCGAGUUUCCCGCGUGCAUACCAUGAACGACAAAUGUCGACCGAGAGCAUGCUUGCGACCUCGGCUCCCAUGGUGACACCAAGCAUGUACUAAUCACCCGCACGCCUCGAUACA